AUGCUAGAUAUUUCUAACUCAGACUUUGAUGUCAAUAUUCUUGACGGUGCCCUUUCGAAUCCCACUAUCUCCUUGACAUUUCCAUUACCUACUGACAAAGAUACAUACGUAGAAUUAGAAGGGAAUGAAAAAUUAAGCAAGAGUUUUGGAAUUUUAAAUAAUUUCUUUCGUUUUUUCACCGGGGUCAAAUUCGAUGAUAUUUACAAAAACAAUGAAUAUCACUAUUCGAUCAACAAAUACACUCCUGAGUUCAACAAGAAGAUGAACGAUUACAUGAACGAGAUGUUGUCUGAGAAAGAUGAGAAAUUGAACGAGUUGGUGUAUUCGUUGAUUGAUCAGGAGUUGAAAUUGAACCUUAUUAAGGCCAAGGACCUCCCAGCCAGAUUUAAAGAAGUCAAAGAAUUCAUGGUCAAGUAUUAUCAAUUGGAGAACUCAAAAACGAUGCCUAGCUUCAAAUCUCAUCAUUUUCUAAGGAUCUGCUAUGUUACAAUUAUGACUAUUAUGCGCAAGAUGUUCCCAAAAGGAAUUUGGUGUAAUAAGACGCAAAUGAGUGAGUUAUAUGCUAAAUAUUUAAAAGAUCCAAUGUCUAUCAUUUUUUUCCCCAACCAUCAAUCGCAUAUCGAUUAUAUCAUUCUUCAUUUGGUAUGCGUUAGGUUUCAAUUCUCUACACCUACUGUUAUUGCAGGUGAAAAUUUGAAUGUGGCCGUCUUCGGGACCUUUUUAAGGAACUUAGGAGCGAUUUUCAUUAAAAGGUCCUUUAAUAAUGAAUUGUAUACCGAAAGAAACUUGACAAAUUUGAUCGAAUUCAUUUUGUUGAACAAGAUAAAUUUCGAGGUGUUUAUCGAAGGUACUAGAUCUAGAGAUGGAAAGUUAUUGUUACCAAAAUAUGGUAUUUUGAAGUAUUUGUGUGGUAUAUACUUGAAACAAAGGGAAGUGGAGAAAAAUGAAAAGUUUGAUAUGCUCUUCCAGCCGAUUUCCAUUACAUAUGAGAGGAUCUAUGAGGCAGAUGGAUACUUAGACGAAUUGCUUGGUAGUGAUAAGAAACAGGAAAGCAUGACUAAUAUUCUAAAGAACGGUGUAUCUACUUUAUUCUCAAAUCCAGAAAACGACUUCAAAAACUUUCCUAGUACUAAAAAGCAUAAAGAGGGUAAGUACGAUAACUCAACCAGAAUGUUAAGUGGGAAAAUUUUUGUUAAAUUGGGUGAUUCAUUUACGUUAUCCAGUUUUAUUGAAGAACAAAGAGAUACGGAAGCCCAUUUAAUUGAAUCUUUCGGUGAGGAACCAGAUUCACCUGUUAAUUUAAAAAGAUUAGGAUUCAAGAUUUUACACGAAAUUAACAGAGUUGCAUAUUUACCAGAGAUCUCAGUUAUAGGAACUGCUCUCCAGGCGUAUUAUUAUUAUUAUGAGACUAAUGAAUUCGCAAUCAGUGAUUUGGUUUCAAGCAUGAGGUUGAUUAUUGAGGUGUUAAAGAGACAAGAAGAACUCGACCAUAUCAAUACGAAUGUGAAAUUAAUGGACGGAUUGCUCAGAAGUUCUGACGAGGAUCUUAUCGCAAUGGUGAAAGAUCAAGUUCCUCAAUUCUUCCGCUUCAUCAAAAUCAACUUCAACAAGAAUACUAUCAAAAUUGAAAAUUCAGUUGAAUUGUUAUAUUACAAGAACCUUACAAUCCAUCUUGUCAUUCACAAGAGUUUAGUAUGCUUCAUAAUUAGCCUGCUAAGCCAAGCCAAUCCAAAUAUUGCCACUGAUGCAUAUAUACGGUCGCUUUAUUACAUAUUCACUGGAUUUUUGAAAAACGAAUUUUUAUUUGACUACGAUUAUAAUAAAUCCAAUGACUUAUCGAAUAUCUUGAACGAUUUAGCGCAAUGUGGAACGAUCACCCGCACCUCCACCCACUAUGAAAUUGUUGAUCACUUGCAUGUCACAGUUUUUGCGGAGGUAGUCAAGCCCUUUAUCGAAUCGUACAUGAUCUGCAUUGGAACCAUCAACACCAUAGAUAACCAGUACAAAAAGAAGCAGACCCAUAUCACAGACGAGCAAUUGAUCAAUGAUGACCUCAUUAGUAAAGACUUUCCUACCACAAAAUCGCUCUUACGAAUCAUCCAGUCGUCAAAGUUCCAGCAGAAACAUAUUGAGUCUAUCAACAAACAGUACUUAUUGUCGUGUCUCUUCUAUCUCGACAACCUCAGGCUCAUUCGCAUAUUUAAGAACAAGGCUAAAACAAGGGCGUUUGUAGUGACGCAGAGACCAAAGGACUUGAAGUUUAUUCUCCAACUUCUCGAUUCGUUACUCAAUAACCCGUCAAGCGAAGUUUUGAAUGACACCAAUUUGCUCUAUAUGACAGAUAUUAUUGACAAGUCGUUUGAGCGUACGCUAAAGGCCAAGCUCUAG